AUGUCGUCGUCCCUGCGCAUCCUCCUCAUCGGCAACGGCGGUCGCGAGCACGCGCUUGCGUGGAAACUCGCACAGUCGCCGCUGGUCGAGUCCAUCAUUGCCGUCCCCGGAAACGGAGGCACGGCUGGUGUCCCCAAGGUCGUCAACAGCUCGGCCGUGGCCGCCGACGAUUACCCGGGUCUCGUCGAGCUCGCGCGCAAGAAUGCCGUCAACCUCGUGGUGCCCGGCCCUGAGGCGCCCCUCGUUGACGGCGUCGAAGGUUUCUUCCGUGACGCUGGCAUCCCCGUCUUUGGCCCGUCCAAGGAGGCUGCGCGCAUGGAGGGCAGCAAGACCUUCUCCAAGGACUUCAUGAAGAAGCACAACAUUCCGACCGCCGCGUACGAGAACUUCUCCGACUUCGAGGCUGCCAGCCGGUACAUCCAGUCCGUGAACCACAAUGUGGUCAUCAAGGCCACUGGUUUAGCGGCCGGCAAGGGCGUGCUCAUCCCGCAGACAAAGGAGGAAGCCCUGCAGGGGCUCAAGGAGAUCAUGCAGGACAAGUCCUUUGGCUCGGCCGGUGAUGAGGUCGUCAUCGAGGAGUUUCUGGUCGGCGACGAGCUGAGCAUCCUGUCGUUCUGCGACGGCACGACCAUCAAGUCGCUACCUGCCGCUCAGGACCACAAGCGUAUUGGAGACGGCGACACCGGCCUUAACACGGGCGGCAUGGGCUGCUACGCCCCGACCCAGCUGGCGACACCGCAGCUGAUUGCUCGCGUCGAGCGCGAGAUCCUCCAGCCCACCAUCGACGGCAUGCGCAAGGACGGCUUUCCCUUCCGCGGCUGCCUCUUCACGGGUCUAAUGAUCGCGCCCGACGGCACCCCCAAAACGCUCGAGUACAACGUUCGUUUCGGAGAUCCGGAGACCCAGACGGUUCUUCCCCUGCUUGAGUCAGACCUGGCCAAGAUCAUGUACGCCUGCGCCGGUCCCGUGCCGUAUCUCGAGGACAUCCAGAUCAAGGUGUCGUCCAAGUUCAGCACCACCGUGGUUGUCGCGGCGCCGGGGUACCCCGAGUCGUACCCCAAGAACAUCCCGAUGCAGGUCGCGGAUGCGCCCGAGGGCAUCAAUAUCUUCCACGCCGGGACCAAGCUCUCGGACGGCUCGCUGUUCACCUCGGGCGGCCGUGUCAUUGCGGCCACCGCGCAGGGCAACUCCCUCCGUGAGGCGGUCGACAAGGCGUACGAGGGCGUCAAGCUCAUCAACUUUGACCGCAUGUACUACCGCCGGGACAUUGCGCACCGUGCGUUCCGCGCAGCCGAAGCGGCCUCCGCCGACGGCAAGCUCACGUACGCGCAGUCCGGUGUGAGCAUCGACGCCGGCAACGAGCUCGUCAGCCGCAUCAAGGCCGCCGUCGCGACCACCCGCCGGCCCGGCGCAGACGCCAUCAUCGGCGGCUUCGGCGGCGAGGUUGACCUCUCGGCUGCCGGCCACCCUGGAGCGCCCAUCAUCGUCGGUGCCAUCGACGGCGUCGGCACCAAGCUCAUCAUCGCGCAAAAGAUGAACAAGCACGACACGGUCGGCAUCGACCUCGUCGCCAUGAACGUCAACGACCUCGUAGUCCAGGGCGCUGAGCCGUUCAUGUUUCUCGACUACUACGGCUGCUCGCGCCUCGACGUCUCCGUAGCCACCUCCUUCGUCGAGGGCGUCGCCAAGGGCUGUCUCGCAGCCGGCUGCGCGCUCGUCGGCGGCGAGACGGCCGAGAUGCCAGACCUCUACACCGGCGACGACUACGACGCUGCGGGCGCAGCCAUCGGCGUCAUGCGGGCACCCCAGCGCCUCCCCCGCCGCGACGCCAUGGUCGAAGGCGACGUCCUCCUCGGCCUCGCCUCAUCCGGCGUCCACUCGAACGGCUUCUCCCUCGUCCGCCGCAUCAUCGCUUCCCGCGGUUUGCAGUACACCGACCCUUGCCCGUGGAGCACCAGCAGUCCCCCGCAAACCGUCGGCGACGCCCUCCUAACCCCGACCCGCAUCUACGUCAAACCCCUCCUCACGGCUCUCUCCAACGUCCCCAACGCCAUCAAAGGCAUGGCGCACAUUACGGGCGGCGGCCUAACCGAAAACAUCCCACGCAUGCUACCGCCCCAUCUCUCUGGCGAAGUAGACAUUGGCAGCUGGGACGUGCCGGCUGUAUUCAACUGGUUGGGCCAGUUGGUCGAGCCGGCCGAGAUGGCGCGGGCGUUCAAUAACGGAUUGGGGAUGGUAUUGGCCGUGGACGCGGCGCGGGCCGAGGAGGUCGCGGCGGUGUUGAAGAAGGAGGGGGAGACGGUUUGGACGGUGGGACGGUUGGUGACGAGGGAGACGGAGGGGUGUGUAUUGAAGGGGUUGGAGAAGUGGGCGGGGCGGAAGUGA